AUGAGCUCUGAACCCACCAACUGCGUAUUCUGUGAAAUCGUCGCUGGACGCGAACCGGCCCGUAUCCGUUAUCUCGACAACGACCUGAUCGCCAUCGUCAACCGCCUGACGUGGGUUCCGGUAAUGUUGCUCGUCAUGCCACGCCGCCACAUGUCCCAACUCGAAAUGUGGAGCAGCGGGAUCAUGACCCGCCUGGGUGACGUGGCGGCAACCCUCGGCUGCAUGUACUGCCCCAACGGGUUCCGGAUCCUGUCCAACUUUGGCUACGAUGGUUUGCAGAGCCAGUCCCACGGCCACGUGCACGUCAUCGGCGGUCAGUUCCUGGGCCACUACGCCUGA